AUGUCACAAUCUGUUCACGGCGGUGGUUCACCGAUGUCGAGAGGAAUCGAAAUGUCAGACGGACGUUACGUCGGAAAAGAAAACGUCGUGAAAAAGAAAACAACCACGAAUCCUUGGGGUUUAGACGUAUCAGCGGGUGAAUUGUUAGGUCGUACUCACGAAGAACUCGUUUUGUUGCUCAUACAGUUGAGGCGACAAAGUGCCAGCGUUUGUAAAGCCAUGGAAUCGUGUCACAUCGAAAUCGAAGAACAGGCUCGACUCUCGGAAUUGGAUACUCCGAAACGUAUGGAACACAUAAGAAAAUUGGAAAAGUUAAAAAAACAUUUGUUGGAAUUGGAAAAACAAUACGAAAAGGGGAAACCCCUAGUUAAUCUAGUCGACAACAUGGUCAAAUUAGGAUCUCUUUACAAAGGAAACAAUCACGUGUACAACGGAAGUUUGGGUUUCGAAGACAGUCCGACGGUGAGAGAAAAAUUAGAAUUCAAUCAAAAAGUACAAGAGCAAAGAUUGUUGGCGGAAGAAAGGAGAGACUGGGACAGGUUGAGUUCGGAUCACGGACAGCUACAGGCAAAAGUUCAACAGUUGUAUAAACUCGAUCGACUCUUGCAAGAAGAAUCGGGUACUCUUCACAUAUUGCAACAAGACAAAGAAUUAUUGGAAAAAGCUUUGGGCGGUUUGAGACAUAAAUUACAAGUGAAUCGGAGCAAUCCGGUCGAAGUUGACAGAUACAGGAAACAGCAGAAAUUGAUAGAGAAAGAAUUGAGCAGAGUGAGGCUGUUGUUGGCACACAAUUCAAAGAAACUCGAAGAAACGGUCGCGGAAAAUGCACGGUUGGAACAAGAAUUGGUCAUACUCCGUCAAAAACUUCAAGCGAGUAGAGUCAACAGUAGAAAUUCCGUUCCUCUCCUACCCGAGUCUGCAACUUUGAGUACCACGGCAGCUUUGGAAGCUGAGCUGAGGAGAGUUCAGCAACUUGUCGGUGAUCUGCAAAGGCAGAGGCACGAAUUGAGCGCUCAAGUCAAACAAUUAACUGAAAAAAAUGACACUUUAGUCCAACAGAUUCGUCCUGGUCCCACGGGAGUUGCCGGAGCUGGACCCAUACCUGGGAAAAAAAAAUCUAGCGCGACUUGGUUAGAAACAGAUUUAGAUUUGCUCAUAACGCAAGAUGUCGGAGUUGAAAAUCAAGUUACCAAUCGGCAGAGUCGGCAACAACCAGCCAAUUCUGCAAGUUCUAGAAGCACAACUCCCAUGUAUAUUAACACCGAGAGUAAAAAGGGUCAGUCAGUCAGUCAGAAUGCCGCCGCCGUCGAAGAAGGUAUGAGGAGUCCAACGAGAAUGACGACACUCCAAUCGUCCGAAGAAGAAAAUCAAAACAAAUCAUCGUAUUGCACUCCGGUUGAACUGAGUGAAGCAGACGAAAGAAUGAAACGUUUCUAUGGAAUCAUACCGCGGGAAAAACAGGAAAUAAAAACUGUGAGAAUCGUUAAACGUGAGUCGGAGAGACGUCAAAGAGAUCGAGACAGAAGCGGAAAUAUUGGUAUACCCAUAGGAAACGUUGCCGUUGCCAAAAGAGUGUCCGUCAUUGAUGAAAACGACGGGUACGGAUUGGGAAGAGUCGAAGAAGAAUCUUCCGCGUCCUACGAUCAUCCCGUCUACAAUUCUUCGAUGUACGCCGGAAAAGAAGUACUCGAAGAUUACGGAAUGGUACCGGAUGACAAUGAAGACGUUUAUUUAAAUUACAAUAAUUCGAAAAAUCAUUUCCUGUUUCAAAAUUUGGGAAAUCACGGAGAUGAAAUUUUAGUCGUCGACACCGAUCCGUCGUCCGUCGGCAUUAAUCAAAAUAAAAAAUCAAUGUCGCUGCCAAGAGGUUUUGGUAAAAACGUCGUCGUACCAAACAGGUACGACAACAAACCACCGGAAAUGAGAAACGUUACGACGAAAAGAAAUCGAGUUCGGUUUGAAAAUAAUCAAGAAGGAAGCGGAAGCGAAAGCGGACCGAACAGUCCUCGCGUUGAUAGUCCGAGUAAAAAUUACAACCUUUACUCUGCGAAUCAGAGCGAAUACAACAACACUUCCGGUGGUCGUUUAUAUCAGAAAAGUUCAGAUCCGGCAAAAUCGUACGUCAUGAACGAGAGUUGCGGUCCGGCACAAGUCACGAGAGGUUUAAAAAUCGAACCGGAUCAAAAAGAUCAAAGGUUCGAUGAAAAAAAAGGGAAAAAUUCCGAGGGUUGCCGACCGUUGACGGCGAGAGAACAACUUUUCGGAUCAUCCAAUUAUUAUUUAAACGAUGAAAACAGUCCUCAAUUGUCGCCGGUUUACCAAAGCGAAGCAGCAAGAGAAAUCAUUUUGGAAAUGUCUGGAAAUCCGGUACGGAGACAGGGAAAUCGUAGACAGAUAAGAAAGGAAAAACGUCGACAUCACACCGUGUCGAACAUUCGACACGUAACGGAAAACGAAAAUCAAUUUUCAAAAAUGGGCUCGGCAAGAUCGAGAGACGAUCUAGAUAUGGAAAGAGCUCUUAGGCCAAGGAUGAACGCACCGGAUGUUGUGAGAUCGACGAUGAAUCACAAAGAUUUAAAAUACAACGAAAGCACGAUCGAUAACAUAUUGGGAACUCCGAAUAAAAUAUUGAUACCCGAGAGGUACAUACCGGAACAAGAGCCCACGCUCACGGCGGAAGAACAAAUGCAAAGAUUUAGAAAAGCGGAAAGCAUAAGGAAAAUGUUAUCGGAAACGACGGCACUAUCGACACCAGAUCUUAGCACAGGCGUGGAAGAAGAAAAGAAAAGUUGCACGAUAAGGAAAAAAGUGGAAGAAGAAAAAAAACAAAGGGAACAUUUAUUAGAAUUGAAUCAAAUUCUCGCUCAACAAGUCAUGGAAAAGAGUAAAUUAGUCGCGGUUAAAGCGAUGGCUUCCCUUCCGUUGUCGUACGAUGAAAAAAAUUUUAUCAACGAUCAAGAUUACGAUGAUUUAUCUCCGGUUCAACCGUUACCACUCUACCAACAGAGAGAUAAUUUUUUCACGUGA